GGGGGGGGAGCAGAGAGGAGGGAGCAGCGGGGAGGACGAAAGAGAGAGAGAAGGGAGGUGGGAGCCCGGAGGAGGGUGGAGAGGAGAAAGAAGGGAGGAGGGAGCUAGGAGGAGGGCGCAGGAGAAGGGACCCGGGGCACGGGGAGGUGGCAGGCCAGGCCCAGUCGCUGCGCCCUACCGGGGUGGCUCCUCCGCCAGCCGGUGCCCGCCGCGCCUGCAGCCCGCAGCCCGCUCGCGUCCUGCCCGCCCCGCGCCUCCGCUCCGCUCCCGGGCUCCGGUCCCCUGCUCCGCGCCGGGAGACAUGAGUGCGGCCGCUGCGUCCGAGCGCGGCUGGAAGAGCGAGAAAGUGGACGAGGCGCAGGCCCUGGCGCGGAGCUGCGCCGCCCGCCGACCCGACUUCCAGCCGUGUGACGGGCUGUCCAUCUGUGCCACGCACAGCCACGGCAAGUGCUUCAAGCUGCACUGGUGCUGUCACCUGGGAUGGUGUCACUGCAAAUACGUUUAUCAGCCCAUGACCCCCGUGGAGCAGCUCCCAAGCACAGAGAUCCCCGCGAGGCCACGAGAACCCACCAACACCAUUCAGAUCUCCGUCUCGCUCACUGAACACUUUUUGAAGUUUGCCUCUGUCUUCCAGCCUCCGCUUCCCCCCGAGUCGCCAAGGUACUGUAUGAUUUCCGAUCUCUUCAUCGACAACUAUCAGGUUAAAUGUAUCAACGGGAAGAUGUGCUAUGUGCAGAAGCAGCAGGCACCCCAUUCCCAGAAGAUGAGCCCCGAGGAGGUCUCUGCACACGAUGCCUUAAUUUCUAAAGAGAGCGACACUCCGAAACUGGGCCACUGCUCCUCCCCUUCCAGUUCCGAGGACUCGGGGAUCAAUGCCAUUGGGGCGCACUAUGUGGAAUCCUGUGACGAGGACACAGAAGAGGGGGCGGAACUGAGUUCCGAGGAAGAUUACAGCCCCGAGAGCAGCUGGGAACCCGACGAGUGCACUCUUCUAUCCCCGUCGCAGUCUGAUCUGGAAGUGAUUGAAACCAUGGAAACCACUGUGUAGUCAGCUGGGACCUGCCGCCAGGAUCCACCCUGAGCUUCUGUACUUUGAUUUGAUGUGUCCAUUUCCAAUACUCUUGGCAUUUUCCCAGCCCCGUUACCACCCAUAGCAGCCCAGGGGUCUGCUAACUAGUGUUACCCUUAAAGUUAUCUUGUAACUAUGACAUUGUUUUCUUUUGUAUCUUGCUUUCUAUGUAGCCUCUGGUGUCAUGAGUUGUGACCCAGCCUUAAUUUCACUUAGAACUUUGAGAGCGGUGGUGACCACCGAGUGUCACGGGUCGACUGGUCACAUGGAGGAGCUUCCCAGAGUGGAGGUGACCGUAUUUUACCAGUAGCCCAUCCUUUGUGGUGAGGGCUCUUGUUCAGCUUCCCUUUGGCAUGUCAUGUGACAUCUCUGUUCUCCUGGUUUCGGUAUUGGGAGCAGCCCGCUUCAGGACACAGUGUUGCUGGCAAUAAUCUUUCCCUUCCUCCUUCCUGCUAGCUGUGUGGGCUCAGGACAAGAGUAGCCUCAGGAGUUACUUCCAGGAGGUCCUUGGAGGUCCCCUCAUGUCACAGCUUCUGUGACUGUGAGGAGAGACGGGCCUCUCCAGUUUGUCCAGCUAGUGUGAUGUGUGUGUAUAUACAUACAUGCAGUAGGGUAGUGGGGAUUCAGAAGAGCUCAGACCUGGUUCUCUCCAUGAAGGGGACACACUGAGUUACAGGACACAAAUCAUGCAGCUCACGGCACCCAGGAGGCUCUUGGAACCGGGGAAGGAGAGGUGGACGUGGCCUAGGCUAGCUGAGGAAGUUGCUACAGUGACUGAGCUGGCCCCGGGUUCCACAGCAUCCACUGCCCUUCGUGAUUGUUUUUCAGAUCAGGGAGAAGCAUUUAAGUUUUAUAGGUAUUAUAUUUAGGAGGCAGCGCAUCUGACAUCUUAAGGAAAUAAAACCACACUAGUUUUAGUUAGCAUGGAAAUGCUAAAAGACAAGUCCUUUAGGGAUUAGGAAUGAAUCUAAUAGGUUUGAUUAAUUCUGCUUCGUUUGGUUGUAUGAAGCAUUAGAAUGGCUUAGAUGAGAAAUGGACUAGAAUUUUGUAUGAUGCAUGGGUUUUAUGCAAAUGCAAAGACAGUUGAAAUAGCUCACUGUGGAGUCAGGAAGAUGUUUUAUGUAACACUUCUUCACUUUACUACGCCGGAAUGCACACACGUGUGUGCUCUUUCACACACACGAAAUAGUGGGUAAUUCUUUCUUACAUAGCUUUCUUCGAAACUCUGCCCCGAUUUGCUAUAUAGUGGACAUUCUCGUGUGAUUUUACUAUCUGCCGUUCUCCUAAAUCUAUGUGUGAGGCAUAGAACAAAUCUGGGAGCUUUAACAUCUGUGAGGAGACCCACACAGCUGCAGGGGGGCGGGUGUCUCAGAUCCUGUUGGUCUGAGCAGGCACCAUGGCCUCUGCUGUCAGCAUCUCACACAUCCCUCUCCGUUAGUGUGUCCUUGAGGGAAGGAGAGGCUCGCUGUGUUCUCAGGGCCUCCCUCCUGCAUUUGGGGUUCUUCACUGUGUACUCAGGAAGAAUCUGCUUUCCCAACUGGAUAUGGAGUCGCAGUGAUUCACCACUAGCCCCUUCUUUAGGCUGACAAGCCCAGAACAUUCAGUGUUCAGAAGGCAGAAUAUGUGGCUUCCUUUGAAGGCAGUCAUUACAACCUUCUGUGCUGGAGGAGAAUGUAGCAAAAAAUCCCCACUUACUGAAAUGCAAAGGCUCAAGCCAAGAAGGACCAG